AUGACGAGUAAGUCGGUGAAGGUUCUACUGAGCGGAGAUGUACGAGGCAAUCUCGAGCGACUCGUGUCAACCACAGAGAAACAGAUAGCGAAGGUUGGGAACUUUGAUCUGGCCUUGUGCGUUGGGGAUUUCUUCUCUGAGGCCGGCGAGGAGGGGUUAAAGCCCUUCAUGGAGGGAACGCGGAAGCUGCCUCUACCGAUUCGUUACCUAGCGUCAUCAUCAUCAUCGGCAACCACUGCUGUGGCGACACUGGAUAACCUGGCCAGCAUCGAAGGAGGAUCUAUCGUUCAAGUGGCCGGUCUGACCGUUGCUGCUAUGAGCACUGAUAGCGAUGCUGCGAGUCUUGAGAAGAACAUCGCUUCGCUGAGCACCACGGUCGACGUCUUGCUCACCAACGACUGGCCUGAAGGCUACGGCGUUGGUCUCGACGUUUCAUCAGUACCGCCUCAUGUGACGCACGUUAUCACCAGCAAGGAGGUAUCUCGGAUAGCUGUACUGCUGAAGCCUCGAUACAUCUUCUGUGGCCAUGCUGAUCUGUACUACCUUCGUCAGCCUUUCAAAUGGCCUGAUUCCGAUAUAGUGUGUCGAAUGAUAUGUGUGGGGAAAGUGGGCAGUAGCGGUAAAGAAAGAAGGUGGCUUCAUGCCCUCAACAUCUCUCCGAGUGAUGAGGGUCGUUCGCCCGAUAACCUCACAAGAUGCCCCUUCGCCGAUGGACCAGAGCCUCAGCAGUCCCACAAGCGGUCUCAUCCUGAGGGGCAUCAGCACGACGCUAAACGGCAUGCUCCUGAAACGCCGUCUACAGAACUGUUCAUACCCAAUCUACCGCGCCAAGAGAACCGGUCCAACGAGGAGGCGAUAUGGACGAGCCUUACCAAGGUCUUCGAGGGCAUGCCCGGGUUCAGACGAGUUAACGUGGAUUCCGUCAGAG